GUUUUUCUUUCCUCAAUCCACAAGAACGGAAAGCAGACUCCUAUGUUUAGCGCCGGAACUUCCUUCCUGGCCAGCUGCAACUGCUCUGAACUAAUUUCAAAUUCCAAAGUUGGGCCAUCGUUCUCUUCCCUAUUCGAUCACUCGCUGAGGCGAUGCUAUCGGUUCCCGACUGGAAUCGGGAUUAGAAUCAGUGGCCGUCUCUAUGGAGAGCCAAGUGGGAGAUCUAAGGCUGCGAAGGAGUGCCAUGUCGCCAGGAGCUCCAUCCAGGCCAUUUCAUCCGUCUCUAAAUCUGGAGACUCUAAGGCUACUAGGCUUCGUAAUCUCCUAGAGUCGCCAGGGAUUCAUCUGGGCCCCGCCUGCUUCAAUGCUCUCAGCGCUAAGCUCGUUGAGAGAGCCGGCUUUGAUUUCGGCUUUACCACUGGGUUUGGAAUAUCAGCUGCUCAGUUGGGCUUGCCAGAUACGGGGCUAAUAACUUAUGGGGAGAUGGUGGCUAUGGGACAAGAAAUUGCACGUGCUGUUUCCAUACCCUUAAUUGGAGAUGCGGACAAUGGGUAUGGUAAUGCCAUGAAUGUCAAGAGAACUGUCAAAGGGUAUAUUCACUCAGGCUAUGCAGGAAUACUUCUUGAGGAUCAGGUCUCUCCUAAAGCUUGUGGUCAUACACGCGGCGUGAAAGUUGUGUCCAGAGAGGAAGCAGUCAUGAGAAUCCAAGCUGCCGUUGAUGCCAGGACAGAGUGUGGAGCUGACAUUGUGGUUGUAGCACGUAGUGAUUCACGCCAAGCGAUUUCCUUUGAAGAAUCACUUUGGAGAUCACGUGCUUUUGCUGAUGCUGGGGCUGAUGUUCUGUUCAUUGAUGCCCUUGCAUCUAAAGAAGAGAUGAGAUCUUUCUGUGAAGUUUCCCCAUCGGUUCCGAAGAUGGCUAACAUGCUUGAAGGUGGAGGAAAAACACCAAUACUCACUCCGGUUGAACUUCAGGAUAUUGGUUUCAAAAUAGUAGCAUACCCUCUUUCCUUAUUAGCGGUGUCCAUUGGUGCUAUGCAGGGUGCAUUGGCAGCUAUUAGGAGUGGUUGUUUGCCUUCACCCGGAAGCAUGCCAUCAUUUGAAGAAAUGAAAGACAUACUCGGUUUUAACGUGUACUAUGAAGAAGAGGAACGCUAUGCAUUAAGCACCAGCCAUCUCUCUUCCCAGAGAGGUUAUUCUACAUCAGACAACUGUGACUAUGGCUCUUCACACAAUUUCCAAGAUGACACAGAAAUGAUAAGUCAGAGACUGCAAGAUGAGGUGGUUGAAGUAUUAACUCCUGAAGUAUCUCAUUCCUAUAAUAAUGGAGAUAGUACAGGAGGAUCUUUCUCGAGGAUGUGGUCUCGAAAGUUGAGGGUUAAAAUUUCAGGAAGAGAUGGGUUUGACAAACUGGAUAUAAGAAUUCCUGCUGCAUUUUUGGAAGGAAUCACAAACAUAGUGCCAGCACUAGUGGGGGUGAACCUGAAAGAGCUUUUGGACAAUACAUGCUUUGAUGAUGGAGGGAAGCAGUUGCUAGAUUUCAAGGACACCAUGGGAGACAGGAUUCAAGUUUUCUUGGAGUAAACAAACCGUGUAAAUAUGGGUUGAGGCCCCAUCUCCCCACUCCACCUGAGUUCAAACCUCACGCCCAACAAAAUGAAGAAACAACAAUGAAGAAUACUAGACAAUGAAAAAUCUAUUCUAACUAUAGAGAGAUUGAUAUUUGAAAUGACAGCUAAUACCUGAAAUGGAUCUUGACUAUUGUGACAGUAUCCAGUUUAGUUCCAAACUUUUUACGUAGUACUCCCUCCGUCCCGAAAAGGUUGACCAAAGUUGACUUUCACGUGGAUUAAUAAACUAAAAACUGUGUGGUUGAAAUUUGUGCAGAGGAGAGAGAAUUAACUUUAGUCACAUAUUCCUUUUUUAAAUGGAAAUGACAAAUCUUUUUGGGACAUCCAAAAAAGGAAAUUUGGCCAACCUUUUCGGGACGGAGGGAGUAUUAGACUAUCAGUUAGAUUUGAUUAUGAUUCAUGACCUUUGAUU